AUGCAAGAACCAGGAUGGAUCAUGUAUCAAGAGUUUAUUAUCCCUCAACUUUCUCAAUUGUUAGCUCCUCUCUUCAGCUCGCGUGUCCAUAUCUCAGUGCUAGAAAUCGGACCUGGCCCGGAGAGCGUACUAGGACAUCUGCCCGGCCACCUGAGGCGGAAGAUCAGGAGAUAUGCCGCAUUUCAACCCAGUGAUCUACUUGCUACAAGGUUGGAAAAAUGGCUUUGCUCGACACCAGAGACGGAGUCCCCGUUGUCCUGGCUGGAAAGCCCGCCUGAUAUCCAUCACGUGUCAUUCGACCUAGAUAGCAACACAAAGACCGAUAGUACUAGUACGCGUGAUGGAGAUAAAAAGUUUGACGUCAUCCUAUUCUGUUCCAGCAUGUACAGCAUGGAUUUCAACGCCAGGUCGAUCAAGCGGGCGCUGGGAAUGCUUGUUGAGCGGCCCGAAGGCGGCAUGGUGGUGGCUUUUUAUCGUGAUGGGACAUUAGCACUCAACGGAUUAGUGUGCCAUCAAACGGCUUCUUUCCUUACCGGGGCCGUCUAUGUGGCAGAUGACAACAAGGCACUGAACUCUUUUUGCCCUUUCAUCGCAGGGUACGUUAUGCAGGAUGUGGAGGAGGACAAAGCUAUGCGAGCCAAAUGGCGUAAGGUGUGCCGGGAGUUGGGCUGUUGCGAGAACGCCCACCCAGGCCAUCUCUUAUUCAGCUCUCCCCACACCAUGGCGGCCUUCCCUCAACAUGCGACCACGUUGCCAGAGCUAACGGCGCAGGUACCAUUGCUGGAAGGGGGCAGAACAGUCAAGAACUGGGUGGCUCGCCUUCACCAUCCUGCCUCUGUUGUUAGACCAACAGAGGUCAGACACAUUCGACAGUGUGUUCAAUGGGCUCUAAAGCACGGGUUCAGCCUGACCGUCGUAGGCGGUUACUGCCUGCGUUCCAACGUCGUUUCGGUCGACAUGAGCGCCUUUGACAAAGUACACAUUAUCAAAGCCGGAAGUGAUGGACAAGAAUCUGGUUUCGACUCCGUUCCCUUAAUCGUCGCGGAGGGCGGAUGCAAGACUGGGGAUAUUACCCGCAAGACCAUGGCCGCGGGCCUGACAGUACCCUUGGGGAUCCGCCCAAGCGUAGGCGCGGGGCUAUGGCUACAAGGCGGCAUUGGGCAACUGGGUAGAAUAUACGGGCUUGCGUGCGACGCCAUCGUCGGUGCCGUGAUAGUCAGCGUCGACUCUAGCCAGACCAUUUACAUCGGCCAUGUACCGCGCCAACACCGGCCGGCCGGUGCCGAGCGCCCGGAAAACGGAAACGAUCUGUUAUGGGCGAUAAAAGGUGCUGGGACCAACUUGGGCAUUGUAGUCAGCGUUACAUUCAAGGCUUACGCGGCUGUGACCUUUUGGACUCGAGACUGGGUUUACCCGCUGAAUGACAGUCUUGACGCGCAGCGCACGCUUAGCGAUUUUGAUAACUUGCUCGCUAGGAAACUCCCCCAGAGCUGUUCUGCAGACGCGUGGGUGUACUGGGAUGUCGGCAAGCUGCACCUUGGCGUGACUGCCAUGGACGGCGUUAAGUUGCUCGAGACUGAAAUGUACAUGUUCAGAAUGCACAGCAAGCAUGCUAAUUGCAAGACCUCCUCGUUCAAGCGAUGCUUAUUCUUAAAAGGCAUUGGAGCAUUGAAGGUCGCCAAGAUCUUGGUGGCAGCCGUUGAGACUCGUCCCACGCCAUUCUCCUAUCUCCAUCUAAUACAAGGUGGCGGGGCUGUCGGUGACGUGGCAGCCAAUGCGACUGCUUUUGGUUGUCAAGACUGGGACUUUGCCUAUGUGAUAACUGGCGUAUGGCCCCGCGAGCAAGACGGAACCAUACUCGCUCGAUCUGCCGUGGAAUGGGUGUACAAUAUCGCUAGCAAAGUGUUGCCCGUGAGUAACGGGGUUUACGGCGCAGACCUAGGGCCGGACCCUAGAGACGCCGCACUAGCGGCCAAGGCUUUUGGACUGAACCGGCCACGCCUAGCUCGCAUCAAGCAUGGCUCGGACCCGCGCAAUGUGCUAGCUUAUGCCUGCCCGCUCCCAAAAGUGAAGAUGGAACAGAAGCUCAUCGUUCUUGUCACGGGCGCAAGCGGCGCGGGAAAGGACUACUGUGCCGACAUCUGGGUCUCCGUCUUCCUCAAAUGCACCCAUAAAGCCAUCAGAGCACGCGUAGUCAGCAUUAGCGAUACGACUAAGCAAGAAUACGCGGCCGUUACUGGUGCUGACCUGGACCGUCUACUUCGGGACCGUGCGUACAAAGAGAAACACCAACCAGCAUUGACGGCGUUCUUCCAGAAUCAGGUGCAGCAUCGACCUUGCCUGCCAGAGGAGCAUUUUCUAAACGCGGUUAAUAGCGCCAGAGACGUGGAUGUAUUGCUAAUCACUGGGAUGAGAGAUGAAGCGCCAGUCGCAGCCUUCUCGCAUUUGGUGCCAGACAGCAGACUGCUUGAGAUUUGCGUUCAAGCUAGUAAAGAGAUGCGACGAGCUCGCCGAGGGUGUCACGAAGGUGAUGAUAAUACUGAUGACAGCGGGAAGGACAACAGCAAUAGGCCAAAACCGAAGCCCUUAGACUACCGGCCCAGUCUCAUCUUCAACAAUGACCUGCUUCCCUUCUUUCAUGAGGAUCUUAAGCGACUGGCCGACUUGGUGCUUCCGGAACCCAACUUUCCACGCCCGGACGUCGAGUUCCGGCAUGUGCUCAACAUCUCCCGGCAGCCAGGUGGUCUGUCCUUGUGCACUUCUCUGCUGCAGACUCACUUCACGGAUGACUGGGCCAAAGUCGAUGUCAUAGCAUUUUGUGAGGCUGGCGGCUUCAUCUAUGCGUCGGCAUUGGCCUCGCGGGUCAAUGUACCUUUAGCGCUGAUUCGCGAGGCCGGCAAACUGCCCCCACCCACUGUUUCCGUCCUCAAGUCUACAUCUCACAUAUCGUGGACAUCCAAUUCAAAUGACAAGAUGAUUGAGAUAGAACGGGAUUUGAUCCCUAGAGGCGCGCGGGUAUUGGUUGUUGACGAUGUGCUUUCCACGGGGAAGACACUUUGUGCGGUGCUGCAGCUUUUGAAUGAAGUUGAGAUUGCUGAUGUCAGCAUAAUGCUUGAAGGUUGGCGAGUUCCCAGUUCAUCGUGGUCGGGAACUGUUGCGCCAGCGUGGGUUUGGCGUCAAUAUUCAAAGCCUUUUGGUAUUUAA